CUAUUCUCUUCAUCUUCCUCAUCUUGAGUCUCGACUUUUCUUUUUCUUUUGUGUCCAUAAGACAGGCUGUCAUCUUUAACGUCUCCAUCUUCCUGAUCUUCAACACCUUCCUCGUCUUCGUCCUGCUUCCGCCAUCGCCAUCGUCUUCAUCGUCUUCAUCGUCCUCUUCGUCGUCUUCAUCCUCUUCAUCGUGUUUUGUUACGUUUCCUUUCGAUCUUUUCUUGCCUCCAUCUUGUUGAUCUUCAACACCUUCCUCAUCUUCCUCCUUUUUCCACUACUAUCUUCAUCGUCUUCAUCCUCUUCAUCGUGUUUCGUUACGUCUCUCCUCUUGAUCUUUUCUUUUCUCUAUAAAUCUUCCUGAUCUUCAACACCUUCCUCAUCUUCCACCUUUGUCCACUAGUAUCUUCAUCGUCUUCAUCCUCUUCAUUGUGUUUCGUUACGUCUCCUCUUGAUCUUUUCUUUUCUCUAUAAAUCUUCCUGGUCUUCAACACCUUCCUCAUCUUCCUCCUGUUUCCACCAUCUUCCUCCUUUUUCCACUACUAUCUUCAUCGUCUUCAUCCUCUUCAUCGUGUUUCGUUACGUCUCCUCUUGAUCUUCUCUUGUCUCUAUAGAUCUUCCUGAUCUUCAACACCUUCCUCAUCUUCCUCCUUCUUUCCACCAUCUUCAUCGUCUUCAUCCUCUUCAUCGUGCUUUCGUUACGUUUCCUUCCGAUCUUUUCUGGUCGAUAAUCGAUAAUCAUGUUCGACUGCGACUACUCCAUAUGUUCGCGUUCCGUAGCUAGUCGAUGCACGAUCGACGGUCCGGCUUGUGUCGAGACUUGCAGGCAGUUGACAGCGAUUCAGAGUCGUCUGGAGAGGCGUGCCAAGGACGUUGUGCGUGCGUACGACGAGCUCGGGCGCUAUGGAGUGCACGCUGUCCUGUUCGGACUGCGUCAUGCUCGUCUAUGCAGCAAGGAGGGUGUACUUAAGGAAGCCAAGGAGCUCGUUCACCGUGCGUGGCUCUACUCCAAAUCGUAUGCUGAGCUGCUAAGCCACUACGAGGAGGCAUAUGCCCACUGGAGUUGCAGUGAUGCCUCUCUCUUUCGCGCGUGUCUCGAGAGCGGAAUUUCCAAACUCGAAUCUUCUGUCAUCCUCAGAGAAGCGAAGCUGCUCGUCCUGAACGAAGAGUCCACCAAGGGAGCGUUCGACCGAGGAGAUCGACGACGGAAGACAACCUCUCACGAUAAAGAAGAAGACGGACGCACGAGAAUCGCUCUCAGCGGGACCGGGGAUCCUUUCAAUCAUGCCCUGCCGCCGCCAACAUCCGAACUACCGCCCCAACCAGCGUCCGAACCAGCAAGCAGGCGAGCCAUGGACCCCCCAGAAUGCAGACCAUCAACUGCAGCGGAAGAGCUGCGGGAGGGAUGCGCCGCCGGCAGGCGAGCCAUCGACCCCGCAGAAUGCAGACCAUCAACUGCAGCAGAAGAGCUGCGGGAGGGAUGGGCCGGCGGCGGAACGGCAUGCGGACACCAAGGACGCGGGAAAACCAUCACGGCAGCAUCCCAACCUGCGUCCCAACCUGCGUUCCAACCUGCGUUCCAACCUGAACAACAAAGAUACGGGAACACUGUCACGGCAGUAUCCGAACCUGCGUUCAAACCUGCGUCUGAACCAGCGUUCGCACCUGCGUCCGAACCUGCAUUCGAACGUGCAUCCGCAUCCGAAUCUGCGUUCGAACCAUCUGAACCAGCGUUCGAAUCCGCAUCCGAAUCUGCGUCCGAACCUGCAUCCGAACCUGUGUUCGAAUCUGCAUCCGAAUCUGCGUUCGAACCUGCAUCCGAACGUGAACCACCAUUCGGACCUGCAUUCAAACCUGCAUUCGAACCUGCAUCCGAACCUGUGUUGGAACCUGCAUCCGAACCUGCGUUCGAACCUGCAUCCGAACGUGGACCACCAUUCGGACCACAAUCUGGGGGGCUAGUGUCCACAGACUCCAGACUUACGUCCGAUCUUGCAUCCACACCUACAUCUGAACCUGCAUCGACACCUACAGGCGAACCUUCUGCGUCCCGGUCUCUUUCAUCCCCAGUUUCAUUGGAACCUCCUGGAUCCUCACCUACGGGCAGAUUCUGUCCGGAACCUGCAUCCACACCUACAGCCGAACGUCUUUCGCCCACACCUGCAUCCGAACCUCCUUCAUCCAUACCCGCCGCUCACGGACCUGCUGCGUCCCAGCUUCCUUCCUCCACCGCUUCAUCGGAGCCUCCUGUUUCCACACCUCCAUGCGAACCUUCACUGGAACCUCGUGCAUCCAUACCUGCCGCCGCAUCCGAACCUCCUCGUGCAUCCACACCCAUAUCCGGACCUCGUGCAUCCACAGCUUCAUCGGAAGAUCCUCCUUCCACACGUGCAUCCUCUAAAGCUUGGAUUGAAAUGGAGGAGAUUACUGAAGCAGAGCUCAGCUGUCCCGUUUGCCUGGAACUGCUUUACAAGCCGAUCUCCUUGAGAUGUGGGCAUGUGUUCUGCACGAGUUGUGCUGUUCAAGCGGCGGGAUUGUUCUCAUUUCAAUACCUGGAAGAUGCACCGAGGUCCGCGAGAUGUGCCACGUGUCGAGCGAAGAACGUGUACAGGAGCGCCAUGAAGCUAACCCAACUAGGGCGGCUUCUCAGUGCAAGGUCCUGGUGUGUGUGGGCCAGUGUAGAGCUGCAGAGGCGGGGUGGCAUGUCCUUGCUAUUGACCGUGGACGUGGAUUACAUGUCCAAGGCCGCGCUGGUGGUAGGGGUGCUGAUAGGAGUAGGCACCACUAGAGUCUUUCCGCGAAUACAACGAACGGUCAUUAUACCUGAAUUUGGGGCAUCUUUCAGUCUAAAUUCAGCUAUAAUGACCGUAUGGAAAUCAAAAUCGAUUACCAGUAAAGGGACAUAUUCUUCAAUAGAGGAUGUGUACGAAACUUUUGCGAAUUUUGGGAGUGGCGCAGUGCGAACACCUGCAAAAUUGGUAAAUAUGGAUGGUGGGAAAUUCGCAAAAUUCUGCAGGGAUGGAGGGUUGCUGGACAAGCAGUUCACAGCCACGGCCGUGGACCUCAUCUUCUCGAAAGUGAAGCCUAAGGGAGAUCGCAAGAUCAACUACGACGAGUUCGUGCAAGCGCUGGAGCUCAUCGCCGAGGCCAAAGGGAUUAGCAUGGAUGAUCUGAAGCAUCAAAUUAUGGGUGCGGGAGGUCCAUCGUCCAGCGGAACGGUGCCGGAUGCUGUCAAGUUCCAUGACGACAAAUCCCUGUACACGGGUGUUCACGCUCGGGGAGGACCUACGACUGUCGACAACAAGAUAACAUUGUCCAAUCUUGCCGACCGGAGCCCGUCGGACAUUCGAGGAAGAAAAAUGUGAUACACUUCAUACGACAGCGAAGACGCCAAGCCUCGGGCCACCUACCUCGUCGGCGGCGCCUAACAGUGAGAUGUCACUCGGGUCUCAAGCUGGAAUUUUUUUAAUUGAAUUUAAUUCCACGUUAUAUCAUCUUUUAGUUGAAUCAACUUGAAUGUGACUUUAAAGUUUAAAGUUUAAAUCACCAGUACCUCCACGAUUUGAGGCCGUUAACGGGGUGACUCCAUCGGUGCGCUGCGCAGGUCCAUGGUGCACAAAAACUCAUUGUAACAAGUCUUUGUUUUUUUUUUUUGUUUUUUUAGAUUUGUUCUUUUUUUUUUUUUUUUUAAUGCCACAAUUUGGACAGAUAGAAGUAUAUUUGGUUUUCGUCCCACGCAGUUGACGACGUCUGGAUUGUCGAUCCGAGACUGACUGUAUGCGCCCAUGUCCCAGUGUCCCCAUGGUACCCCUGUUUACAAUAUUUUACGAGUCUUUUGAAAUAUUUAAUAUUUUUCAAUUUUUUCCUUUGGAUGAAAUUUAGUUCAGGCCACGAAUCACGUCCGACGCCAGGUCUCCCGCAAUGUGACUGUGUCUAGUACUGUCUACCGAAUCUGGCUGUUAUUACGAUCAUAUACGUCCAAGGUCACCCUAGCGAACAUAGAAGGAAAAAGCGUCGCGUCGCAGUAAAUGAAAUUGCAAACU